CCCUAGUCAACUAGUGGAGUGGACGACCCAUAUACUGUCAUAUCUGUCAAAAGUCGAAAAUAACCUGAAUCACUCUGGGAUUAUCCUAUAAUUUUUAUGAUAAAUAAUCCUCUGAAAUAGUUUUAAUUUUGGUUAAGCUGUUGCACUAAAAAUCCCAGAAAGGAUGUCUGACGCACACGUAGCUGCUCCUCCGGGCUCUGCUCAGGGCUCUCAGGCGGGGUCCGCUCAGGGAUCUGGAAGCGCUGUUGGUGAAGAAAUGAGCACCGUAACCUCUAGCUCCGCACCAUCAGAAGAGAAGUACGGAGGUUGCGAAGGCCCCGAUGCCAUGUAUGUGAAGCUGGUUUCAUCGGAUGGCCACGAGUUUAUUGUGAAACGGGAGCAUGCCCUGACAUCUGGUACUAUCAAGGCUAUGUUGAGUGGUCCCGGACAGUUUGCGGAAAAUGAGGCUAAUGAAGUUAACUUUAGGGAGAUACCGUCCCACGUCUUGCAGAAGGUAUGCAUGUACUUCACGUACAAGGUCCGCUACACUAACUCAUCAACAGAGAUACCGGAGUUUCCUAUCGCACCGGAGAUCGCAUUGGAGCUGCUUAUGGCUGCCAACUUCUUGGACUGUUAAGGAGAAGUGGAGAAGACAGUAGACCACAGUACAGUCUUUAACUUCAGUGUAUUAUAGGUUCUGACAGCAACGGGCUGAUUACACUAAAAAAAUAAACACACACCAAAAAAUACUUAUUUAGCAUUUGAUUGGUGAUGUUGGUAGUAUGUUCAUUGGUUACAAGUCCAACUCUUAAGAUGCAUUACAAUACUUGUAAUACUUGUAACACGUGAUAUUAUGGCAAAAUUAUUACGACACAAAAGCCAUUAUUACACUAUAUCGUACAGGAGAACACUUGCUGUUUGAAAUCGACUUCUAUUGCUAUGAGAACCUAAAACAGGGCUGUGUUUUUUGUAAGAUAUUAUCAGUCUUCAUUUGUGUCAUGUUUGUUAUGAAAAUGACACAUACAGAGACCGAAAAAUCUUUAAUAGACAUCACAAGUCUUUUUUUCAGCAUGUGAUGAUAGCGUGUUUCAAAAUACAACCAGCGCGUUUCAAUAACUUUAAAGAACUAUAUUAACCCUACAACUAUGUUGACAGUACCAUUAUAUUGAGGGUUUAGAAAAAUAGUGCUUUUGCCAGUCUACUUAAAAAUAAAUCAUAGCAGAAUACUGUUGGGCUAUACAUAAUGCUCUUAUUAGCUCUGAUUCUCUUUUUUAUUUUAAUGCUAAAUAUCUUUGGCCAAAUAUUUAAUAAUGUCCUCAUGUGUGAAGAUAUGUAUGUAUGUAAUUCAUUCAAUGAGGGACUCCAGGCUACGCUCGCCAAAAAUUAUACAGAUGGCGCCUUCCAGAUUUAACGUGAUAAUUACCUAUUUAUUAACUUGGGUACAUAAUUAUUCAAAAAUAUAAUGUAUGGCUGAAGCAUAUAUAGAAAUAAUUGAUGCUUGAUAUUUGGACCUGAUUAUGUAUAGAAUUUGUUUCUCUUUUUUUUAGAAUAAUAGGUACUGAGUGGCAGAUGUAUUGUGCCUGUGUGUAAUAAAAAGGGUCAUCAUUUAUACCCAAUAAAAGAUGCAUACGUCUGUUAUCCAUGAAAUUAGAAGGUUAAAUAAAGGAAAUUUUUACAGCGCUGUCUAUGUAUUUUUUGGUAAUGUAGCCUAGGAAGUGCCUCAUUGAUUGAAUGCUUCCUAAAAGUGUAUUAAAGGAUAAAAUUGGGGUUCAUACCAAUAAGCCCUGGUACUCUUUGAUACUGGUAAGUCAUAUGUCAUAAGAUAGAGACCUCACGCUACAGAGUCGACAUCUAACUAUAGAAAAGCAUAACUUUUCGUAAAGACUGUAGUAGUUUUUUAGUUGAUAAUAAACGCAAGGUUUACAAGCAUAAGAGAACCAAAGUUGAUAAUUAAAAACUACUGAAUUUGUAUGCAACUAACUUUGGUGCUAAAAUUUAUUAUGAUAUAGGCGCCAUUUAGUCUUCUUUAGCAAACAAUAAAAUACAUAAAUAAAAAACAAAUCCUUUCAUUUUGCUUCUAAAUUCUCAUUUUAAUCCCAUUUCUUUGUUGUAGAACAAAACUCUAAAAAACAAAUGUAAGUAUAUAAAUAAUCUCAUAUUCAUGACAAUUUGUUUAAUAGUUCGGUUUUUGUUGUGUAAGUUAUUUUAGAAUACGCAUGUUUUGAUUCCUUUGAUUUGUUUUAAAAAAAAAUAAAGAUUCCUAAAUUAAAUAAAUACAGUUGGUACUUCUGAUACAAAGCAUUGUACCUGCCAGUAUAAAAAUCUUUAAUAAAUACUCUAGAGAUUAGGCAUUAAAAAUAAACACUUUCAGAGCGUGUGCAUAGGCGCUCGAAUUUAGUUAUCAAAAUUCAUCAUUGGCAGAUUGCAGAAAUAUAAAUAUUAUUUUGUUUUUUUUUUUAUAUUAUGUUCCUCUGGUGCAUACAGACUGGAUCAACUUACAACAUUUGCUAGAAUCCUUACAAGUAGGUGUUCAUAAAUGCACCAUUACUUACCACUUUUAUUUAAAUGGAAAAUAUAUAAUUUGGCUCUGUUGACAGGUAUAAUGGUUUGUAAACAAGUACAUAUUUACAAUACAAAUAAACCACUACAAAGAUAAUUUCGGUAAAUUCUUGUGACAUCGUGUAGAAACUUAUUUCUAAAAUUUGAAUGUUUCAAUGAGAUGUCAAUUUAUUUGCUCUAAUUUUGUGCUAAUUUAAACGUGUGAAAAGGCCUACUAGGUACUGUUAUAUCUGCGUAGACGCAGACGCAGAUAACUUAAGUCAGCGCUAAGAUUAACUCGCUAUUCAUUUUGCACGAGUCACUUCACGACAGAAUUGUAUGUUCCGCUUUAUUUUUGUCAAUAAAAGUGUAAAUCUUC